UGAGCGAUUUCACUCUAGUCCUUAGAGAUAACCCGAAGCUAAAAAUGGCAUUCGCCGGAAUCCUCAAUGAUGCUGACAUCACUGCAGCCCUUGCUGCUUGCCAGGCUGCCGACUCCUUCAACCACAAGGACUUCUUUGCCAAGGUCGGCCUGGCAAGCAAGUCCGCCGAUGACAUCAAAAAGGCCUUCGCCGUCAUUGACCAGGACAAGAGUGGCUUCAUUGAGGAGGAUGAGCUGAAGCUGUUCCUGCAGAACUUCUCCGCCUCCGCCAGAGCUCUGACCGACAAAGAGACCAAGACUUUCCUCGCUGCCGGUGACUCUGAUGGUGACGGCAAGAUCGGAGUUGAUGAGUUUGCCGCUGUUGUCAAGAGCUAAAUGACUAAGCGGACCAACAUCUAACUCCAACAAUCUAAAGGAACAACUUGAGCCGAGACAAACUCCUCCUCUCUUCUUCUCUUCUUCCCAACCACUCUCUCUCUCUCUCAAUUCUCCAUACCACUUUUAUACACUUGACCUUCACCCCUGACCCGACUUUAAACAGACUGUGACCCCUCAUUCUCUCUCUCUGUCUAUUGGCAGUGCUCAUCCUUUUGCUGUCCACAAUGAAUGUACCUGACUAAGUGUAUGGCGCGGUUGACUUUGUGUCUUUCUCUCUCUCUCUCACUUCUGUCGUCGUUUUACUGUGUGAGUUUUUGCUUACCUUGA